AUGGCCACCAAUGCCUCCUCCGAUGCCGGGGCGGGGACGAACGCGGGGCGUCCCGCAGCAAGUCUUGAGGCGUCUUCUCCUGCCAAGGUAAUGCCAUCGUCGGUUACAGACCCUGCCAGGUCCAACGACUUGGAGUCGACAAAGACACCGGGCAAGACCAUCAAAACGGACGCCACGAGCGGCUCCAAGUCAGACGAACGUGCACAAACUGAGUCCGACUUGGACGAUACCGAUGCUAAGCUCGUGCCGGUGGAUGCGACAAAAGAACCAUCUGCAACCGAGCCCAUAUGUGCUGGCGACACGAUCAUCUACCACGAUGUCCUUUCCCAGUCACUGGAAGAGGGCAUCUAUGAGCGUCUGAAGGACGAAGUACAGUGGCUACGCAUGUCGCACCAGGGCGGUGAAGUUCCACGCUUGGUUUGUGUGCAGGGACAGGUCGACGAGGAUGGCAGCUUCCCAAUCUACCGCCACCCAGCCGACGAGUCUCCGCCACUGCAUGCUUUCACGCCAACGGUGCUCCAGAUCAAGGGCGAGGUCGAAAAGAUUGUGGGGCAUCCACUGAAUCAUGUCUUGAUCCAGCUGUACCGCACCGGGAACGACUACAUCUCUGAGCAUAGCGACAAGACGAUGGACAUUGUUCCCAACUCGUAUGUCUGCAACAUGAGCCUCGGUGCCGAACGCACGAUGGUCUUCCGCACAAAGCGAGUGGAUAAGGACCCCUCCCUUAAGGCAGAACCGUCGAGCUCCGGCAUUGUUGAUAGCAAGGCUGAAGGUGGUUCCGAGCAAGAAGAAAAAUCGACGAGCGGCAAGCCUACAACCUCCACCUCCAUUCCCGACUCGGCUAAGCGCCAGAAUUGCCGCGUCCAGCUACCACAUAACUCUCUGUGCCGCAUGGGCUUGCAGACAAAUAUGAAAUGGCUGCACGCCAUUCGCCAGGACAAGCGUAUCGAUCGUGAAAAGACGCCGGCCGAGCUGGCCUACAAUGGUGGCCGUAUCAGCCUGACGUUCCGCCAGAUUGGCACGUUCCUAAGCCGCGACCAGACACUGGUCUGGGGCCAAGGCGCCGUGGGCAAGACCCGCAAAGACGCCCGCCCGGUCAUCAACGGGCAGUCCGACGAGGCCAUCCGUAUGCUCCAGGCGUUUGGUAUCGAAAACCACAGUUCCCAGUUUGACUGGGACAAACACUAUGGUCAGGGCUUUGACGUGCUGCAUAUGAGCAGCUCGCCACGCUUUUUUACCAGUUUCGAUCCCGUUGUUAACAUGACGAUCCAGCUGCUGCUGGCCGAGCUUGGUAUCAGCUACGCCAGAGGCAGUAUGGCCACGGUUGCUGAGAAGAAGGACACACCGUCCACCACAACACCUGGUUCGGACGAAUCACCGACCACUACGGUUUCGUCCCUGGAUAUUCCAGUCCGGCUCGUGGACAACGACCGCGACAGGUCGACAGUCCAGGGCCUCUUGGCCAUCCUGCUGUACGUAGAUGCGGUAUACGGAACGUCGCAUAAGAACAAAUCAGCCCAUCUCCACCUUGACGCGGCGCGCAAGUACACGCGGCUGCAACAGGCUUUGCAACUCCAAGACAAGUGGAGAAGUGUGGCCAAGGCAGCUCAGGAUGGCGAGUCUGUUUCGGCCUUUUCUUUGAGACCACUAAAGAGCGAGAUGACAGUCUGGGACAGCUAUGUCUCCCAAAAGGAGGACAAGACAACAGACGCGACUGGCGAGUUUAUCGCCGGCGGCACGUUGCCUUGCGUGGCAGACUAUGCUGUGUGGCCUGUGUUGUACAGCAUGGAGCUUGCCGCUGGUAGCCAGGAGACACUCGCAGCCGAGUUUCGUCGGCUGGGUGUACCCAGCUUAGCCAAGUACUAUGCCUCGUUCAGGGCCAGGGAUUGCGUCGAGAAGGUUAUCCAGGCAGGAGAGAAAUAA